AUGAUGCUACCAAUCCAAAAAUAUUAUCCAAAACUCAGGUAUAUUCGUCUUCAAUCAGCUCAGCCCUUGAGCUGUUUACCAACCGCCGUGCUAUAUAAACUGUUAGCGAAAUGGACAUUCAACUCCUUUGAGGUGUACAUACUCCGCCCUGAGGUCCACCAGGUCCGCCGUGUCCUCCUGGUCCGCCCUGGUGACCACCGCCUUGGUGACCACCGGGACCGCCAAAGCCUCCAGGACCACCCUGGUGUCCGCCAGGGCCGCCCUGAGGGCCACCGAAUCCUUGCUGGCCGCCAGGACCGCCGAAUCCGGGACCGCCUUGGCCACCAUGUUGGGGGGGACCGCCUUGGGGACCGCCGAAGCCGGGGCCGCCAGGACCGCCAGGGCCGCCCUGGUUACCCUGGGGAGGGCCCUGGUGGCCGUGGUUCUCAUGCUGCUUAUCGUGAUGAUGGUGGAAGAGACCCAUGGUUGAUGGAUAAGAGAUGUGAAGAGGUGGUAAGAUUCUUAGAUUGGGAUAAUGUCAUCACUUACGACUUCCCGAAGCAAAGGGUGGAGUAG